GAUGCACUGGGCUUGUAAACGCGGUGAUGAAAAUUUAGCUAAACUGCUGGCCGGUGUCUCCCGUACUUUGGUCAACGAACGUUCGAAUGGGGGAUAUACACCAUUGCAUAUUGCCAUGCAGUUUCGGCACGAAAAUGUUUUCAGGCUAUUAGUAGAAGUGUAUGAUGCGGACUCAAAUAUAAGAGACUGGUCUGGCAAAAAGCCGAGUCAAUACCUGGUGCAGAUGGAUACAGCACUCUCUCUCGGAUCAUAUCGAAAGAAAGAAAGUUUUCUACGAAUCGGAUCGUUAAACGUGAGGGUGAAGAAGACUACCGAGGUGUUCAGUAAUUUUCUUGGAGUGGGAGCCACCAGGUCUUCGGCGUACAUACCCAAAUCGAGAGACAAAGACAUGGACAGGAAAUCCGACGACAGCGACCAGCUUCACAAGAGUUGGGGGUCGGCUGAUAAUAUACAGAAAAAUGACAAACCGAUGCCGCCACCUAUGAGCGGCAAGGUGAAGCGGCGAGGCGCAAGCGGACGCAAAGGGAUAGCGGCGCAUAGCCGCAGUACGCCAUCUACACCCGACCAGCCCCGAGCACAAAUCGGCACAAACGCGGAGGGCGAUUCGGAUUCAGAUUCAGCAGCUGGAUUUCAUGCUGCGUGGAAACAACAACGUGCCUCGUGCACAUAGACUUUCGAUAAACGCAUUUCCUCUUUAUGGAAUUUCACAGGUUCACUAGGUCCUAUUGACACGGAACGCAGUUCUAUUUGCUAAUCAACAAUCUUACGGUAGGGUUAGCACGGCAAGUAGCGACUUGCGCAAGAGCUAUAUAAAAUGUCGCGCUUUACUCACGCUAGCCAUACUGAUAUCCCUGUUCAAAUGCAGUUUCCUUAGGUAACAUUUGACAUUAUUUUAUUACAUCACAGUCUAUAAUCAUAACGAAUGUAUGUAAAAACUUAAAUUUUCAAUAGAUGUAUUUCCUUUAUAAAUAAUAAAUAUCUGCAAUAUACUAUUAUUUUGCAAAUUAAAUGUUAAGGACAAAAAUAACUUUUUAAAUCAUCACAGAUAUUUUGGCAUUACUUCGAUUAGUCACUAUAAAAUAUAAUGUUAUAACAACAUCCAAAUUUUUAUUCAAAACAAUUACUUUUA